UCGACAGCCAUAGAUACUUCGGGAAAAUGUUACUCAAAGUCAUAACAGUGAUAUCACUUCUAAAAGUGUGCACCGGAGAUGUCCCAGAGCAUCAUCAACCACAAUCGAACCAUGCGAUCUCAUCUCAGAGUUUCGUGCGGCAUGAUGUACCGUUAUCCUACAAGUUUAGUUCGGUUCAUAUCUAUACUUCACCAAAGCCAGAUCAAUACAGACACAAGCCAGUUGUCCCAGCACAAUUUGUGAUCAGAGAGCCACCUCAAAUACAGUACGCACCAAUUCAUAAUGGUCAGAAUCAAUACCAAUCAAUACCUAGCCCUAGCCAUAUCAAUUUAGCGCCUGAACGUAAUUUGGAACCCAAACCAUCUGAUGAUUUACCAAGUAUAAUCGGUCAGCCAGAACAUUUGUCGUAUGUGCCGGGGUAUAAUGUCGAGGUUCUUCAGUCCGUCAACAGGUAUCCUGGGCAUAAUGCUGUGUACAGGAGCUAUCCUAACAUGUCUCCUAGCGACAAGCUAAACAAGAUCAAUUUCUUAAAUCAAUAUGUUCUUUAUCAAAAGCAAAACGAGGAGUUCAUUACAUCAACUCAGGCACCAAAGCAGCAUGAAGUCACUAUCACAGCACCGACGCCUGCGCGACCAAAACAGACAAUAGCGUUUGUGAAAAAAGAAUACAACAAACAAAAACCACAUCCGUUCCACGGUGGCAAUCCACUGAGUGUACAAGCUCUACCUCGACUGAAUGUACAAGCUAUACCUGUAUCGCAAGCGAUUAUGAGCGUCGAAGAGUAUUUGCCGCACCCCAAAGCCCACAGAAUGCUUUUGAACAUAGCGCGCACGUACAACAUUGCUCGCGGACAACUGAAGGCGCAACACGCUGGACUCACGUUCAACAACCCUACACACACCCAAGCAUUUAUCCAAAUAAAAAACCCUUUAGAAGCUGACAAAAGCACCUUGCUCUCAGUCCAGAACAAAAACUUGUAUUCGCCGGUGCAUAAAAACCCGUAA